CUCCAACUAGCUACCACCAGAGAGUCGUAUGCAAUUUGGGUAUCUGUGUUUUUCGUAGUGUGUGCAAAAUUUCCGAUGAUUGGGGGGCUGCAGACCACCACUAGCUGGCUGAGCCCCACUUUGGAUCCUCCAUGUCCCUUUCUCUCCCUUAACCAUGCCAUACACCCCUUUUUCUUUCUCCAUUCCUCGGGACUUUAUCAUUUCAGACAAAACUCCACAAAGGGUUUGCAAUUUUCUGCACUCUGAUCCUCUUUUCUCGGUCUCAGACGAAAGGAAGAUAAAGGGAGUAAAAGCGACACGCACGUGAGAGUGAAAGGCACCAGUCCCCUAUAUAAAGCAUAUUUUAGACACGUCCGCAAGGCUAUGGUGACAAGUGCUCAAGUCUUGCAUGUAAACAAAAGGACAAGUGUCGUGGUGUGCAACCGUAAACCUUGGCUUUGGAGUCUGCCCCUUGUUUCAUACCCACAGCAGGUAGAGAUCCAAAGCCCCACUCACACACUACUUACACACUCUACAGCUAUGCUGGCUGUAGAAGAAGUUCAAUUUCUUCUCCAUUUUUUCAUGUGUUCGCUCCUGGUGCAAUCUCACAGAACCCAUAUCUUCUUCUUCACCACGUGUUCCUCCUUUUUGUGACGGGUACCCAGCCCAUACCUCGUGUUUUUGGCAGUAUAAUCCACUGCCAUUGCUCUCCAUCUCUCAAUCCCUCAUUUUCCUUUAUGGGUUCUUCUUCUUCUUCUUUCUUUUGAUAGAUUUUGAGUGGCUGGGUCUAUAAUGGCUUCAAUUCUCCGAUUUCGAAAGCUAUGCUAUGUGGAGCCCGUGAAGUGUUCGUCACUGGGGUUUGAAUCAUUUGAGACCCCAAAGAUUGAGAAGAAAGAUGAUGAGGGUGCAGUGAAGGCUGUUGAGAGUACUGUUGGGGAGAAGCAGAAGAAGAAAAUCAGCAAUAGGCAGCCAAGAGAAUGGAGGUGUAUGGAUUACUGUUUCUUGACAGUUGGAUACAUGUGUACUGCCUGGUGGCUUCUCUUGUUUCUGUACCACUGUUUGCCAGCUGCUCUGCCUGGCUUUCAGGUCCCGGAAGCCCCCGGUGCGCGGCUUAGGCGCGAGGGCUUAACCGCCCUUCACCCGGUUGUUUUGGUGCCCGGCAUUGUCACCGGUGGCUUAGAGCUUUGGGAAGGUCGACCUUGUUCUGAGGGCCUAUUCCGGAAGCGACUUUGGGGUGGCAGCUUCACUGAAAUAUUCAAGAGGCCUUUGUGCUGGUUAGAGCAUCUGACCCUGCACAACCAAACAGGGCUUGACCCACCAGGCAUUCGUGUCCGAGCAGUUCCAGGGCUGGUUGCGGCUGACUAUUUUGCUCCUGGGUACUUUGUCUGGGCUGUACUUAUCGAGAAUUUGGCACGAAUUGGUUAUGAGGGGAAGAAUUUGUAUAUGGCUGCUUAUGAUUGGAGACUCUCUUUCCAGAAUACAGAGAUCCGGGACCAAGCUCUUAGUAGGUUGAAGAGUAAAAUUGAGCUUAUGUUUGUAACCAAUGGAAAUAAGAAAGUGGUGGUGGUGCCUCAUUCAAUGGGAGUUAUCUAUUUCUUCCACUUCUUAAAAUGGGUUGAAUCCCCUCCUCCUAUGGGAGGUGGUGGCGGAACGGGUUGGUGUGCCAAGCACAUCAAAGCGAUCAUGAACAUUGGCCCACCAUUUCUUGGUGUUCCAAAGGCUGUCAGUAAUAUAUUCUCUGCCGAGGCCAAAGACGUUGCUUUUGUGAGAUCCAUGGAUCCUGGUGUUCUAGAUUCUGAGAUUCUUGGGCUUCAGACCCUUGAGCAUGUCAUGCGGGUCUGCCGAACUUGGGAUUCCAUCAUUUCCCUGAUCCCAAAAGGAGGAGAGACCAUCUGGGGCAACUUGGAUUGGUCUCCAGAAGAAGGGUAUAAUUGCGAUUUGGCAAAGAAAAGAUAUGCACAACCAUCCUUACUUGACAGUAAUGAUACCAACAGUGAUGGAAAGAUGGAGUUUCAAAUAAAAGAGUCUGUGAGGUAUGGAAGGAUAAUCUCUUUUGGAAAAGCAACAUCACAGUUACCUUCUUCCCAGCUCCCCAAUCUUGGUUCCAAGGAUUUUUUGCGCACAAGUAAUCCCACGAAAUUCAACUCAUUAUGCAGCGAGGUUUGGACUGAAUAUGAUGAGAUGAGCAGGGAUGGCAUCCGGAAAAUUGCAGAAAACAAAGCUUACACAGCUAGAACUUUUCUUGAUUUACUUCGCUUUGUAGCUCCGAAGAUGAUGCAACGUGCUGAGGCUCAGUUUUCUCAUGGAAUAGCUGAUAAUUUAGAUGAUCCUAAAUAUGCCCAUUAUAAGUACUGGUCCAAUCCACUGGAGACCAAGUUGCCUGAUGCCCCAGAUAUGGAAAUUUACUGUUUAUACGGUGUUGGACUUCCCACCGAAAGAUCAUAUGUGUACAAGCUUUCACCAACUGAUAGGUGCAAGAGCAUUCCUUUUCGGAUUGAUAGCUCAGCAGAAGGAAGUGAUGGUGGCUGCUUGAAGGGUGGGGUAUAUUUUGUAGAUGGCGAUGAGAGUGUUCCAGUGCUGAGUGCUGGGUUCAUGUGUGCCAAAGGGUGGAAAGGAAGAACCCGGUUCAACCCAUCUGGCAUUGCUACAUACGUAAGGGAGUACAGGCACAAGCCACCAGCAUCUCUGUUUGAGGGGAGGGGAGUAGAGAGUGGAGCUCAUGUUGACAUCAUGGGAAAUGUUGCGUUGAUUGAGGAUGUAUUGCGCGUUGCAGCUGGUGCCACCGGUGCAGAGAUGGGAGGUGAUAGGAUUUAUUCCGACCUAAUGAGAAUGUCGGACAGAAUAAAUCUUCGGCUGUGAGUACAUUGUUGUGAUAAUGUUGGAGAGCUUGACGACCAGGAUAAUUAACUGUCAUGAUCACCAUCAAAGGAGGCUGCUGGUGCUUAUGAGGCAGCCUUGCUUGUGAAAAGCGACAUCGCUGGAGUGAAGGAUAUGAGCUAAUUAGUAGGUUGAUCAUUGAGGAUCAUUCAUGGCUACAUUGCUACAUUGGCUUAAGAAGAAGACUCAGAGUAGAUAUCAAUUAGGCCAUCCUCUUCUCUUCUCAAAAUAGCAAUUUUCUGAGUUUCUGUAAUCAAAUAAUGAGCUUUUUUGUUUUUUUCUUGUUUUCCCAAGAACUCUAACCAAUAAUACUCGAAUUCAGAGGCGCUUUACAGCAUUACCUCAGGGAAAAUCUUGGUGAA